CAUUCAGAUCAAAAGAGCAAAAUAGAUGGAUCCUCUGAUAGCUGGGAAAAUAAGCUCACCAAGUUUCAAAGCCCACAUGUGUUAGAUAACCAUGCAGCUUCAAAGAUUGAAUCCCAAGGGAGAGCUCUUCUUCAAUGGAAGGCCGCCAUUGAAACACAAGAACUUCUUAACACCUGGACAUCAAAGACCAGUCCAUGCAAUUGGACUGGAAUCACUUGCAGAAAUGAUGGCCAUCUCAUGCCAACCAUCACUAAGGUCCAAUUGGAACAAUUGGGACUAGAAGGGAAGCUGGAGAUUCUCAACUUCUCAGCUCUACCAUCACUCAAAGUUCUUGACCUUAGUGACAACCGUCUACAUGGAUACAUCCCUGCAACCAUUUCAGCUCUCUCCAAGCUUGCCAUUCUUGAUCUUUCUAACAACAAUCUCACAGGCGUCAUCCCAUCAGAGCUUGGCAAUUUGACAAGGCUCAAGACCUUGUGGCUCUUUGAGAAUCAGAUAAGUGGCUCCAUACCUCCUUCUUUUGGAAAGCUAUUGAACCUGAAUUGGUUAACCAUCUCCAGAAAUUUCUUAGUUGGUCCCAUCCCUCUAGUGUUUGGGAACUUGACCAAACUUAAUUUUUUAUACCUAUGGAGAAAUAACCUCACUGGCUCUAUUCCUUGUACGAUUGGGAAUCUAGUGAAUUUGAUAGAAUUUGAUAUAUCUGACAAUCAAAUAACCGGUCCCAUCCCACAUAACAUUAGAAACCUGACCAAGCUUGAAACCUUUCACAUAUUUAAUAAUAGCAUAAAUGGCUCCAUUCCUAGUGAAAUUGGGAAUUUAGUGAAUUUGAGGGAUUUUUCAAUAUAUAAAAACCAAAUAACCGGUCCCAUUCCACAUAGCAUUAGAACCUUGUCCAAGCUUGAAACUCUUUACCUAUAUAACAAUAACAUAAAUAGCUCCAUUCCAUAUGAGAUCGAGAAUCUGGUGAAUUUGACUGAUUUUGAUAAUCGACAAUCGAGAUAA